AUGUUGUCAUGUACUGUAAUCUGCGUUAUAUUUUCAAUAGUGAUACUGGGAAUCAGGAGUGAGAUAUCGUGUACAUUUUCACGUUCUACUAAAAAAGUUAAAUGUGGUAGUCAAGAAUGUUCCGCUAAUACGGACGAUACACCUGUUGGAGAAUACAAACUAGGCGCAGUUGAAUGGAAUAGUGGAAAAGAAAGAAAUUGGGUAAAUCUAUAUCCUAAAAAGAAAAGUGGAAGUGGAUAUUGGGAUUAUUAUUGCGAAAAUCCUGAUUCAGGACGUUCAAAAAUUGCUUUACAUCCUGGUUCGGUUAGUCAAGGUUGCAUUUCUGUUCCUGACUCACAAUGCUGGGGUAAACUUGAAACGCUUUUAAAACAGCAGACGCCAUAUUCAUUUAGUGUGACUGGCGUAGAACAUUCUGGUUUGGGGUAUUUAACAACAUUUUCAUGUAACGGAAAUUGGUUAAAUAGCCAGAAAAUAAAAACUGUUUCUGUCAUCGGUUCUCUCCAAGUUACAAGUUAA